GGAACCCGACCAGGGGAGGUUGGAGCUGGACGGCGCUCCUCUCCCGGCAGAGGUCGCGGACUCGCAGCCCGGGAGUUCUCACGCCCGGCGUCUUUCCAAGCUCAAGCCACUGCGCCCUCUGUCGGCGAGUAGCCAGCGGAAAUGCGAGACCGGAAGUUGCAUAAUCUGCUGGCGCCGACAAGGGGCGUGGUGAGAGACCUUGCGGAGCGCUGGGGUGCUGCCAUGGCUUCCAGUGGGGCCGGCGUGAUCGCUGCGGGCUCGGCAAAUGAAGCUCCCGAAAUUCCAGACAACGUGGGAGACUGGCUUCGGGGCGUCUACCGCUUCGCCACCGAUAGGAAUGACUUCCGCAGGAACUUGAUCCUCAAUUUGGGACUCUUUGCUGCCGGAGUUUGGCUGGCCAGGAAUUUGAGUGACAUUGACCUAAUGGCACCUCAGCCUGGGGUGUAGCCGUAAAGACACAUGGAACCCCUGUGCUGUACUCAAACCUUCCAAAAACAGAGCCUCCAAUCUGUGACCGUCACAAGACUUGCCCUGAUGGCAGCUGAAGUUUGAUUCAGAUGGGCACCUUUCCUUCCCUGCUUGAUUUCCUUUUCUUUGCUGAGUCCACUCAGAACACCCUUCUCUGGUCAGCAGGUAGGGUUCAGCUAAAGUGUUGUCCUGUGUUCUGUAAAGUUCUGUACAUAGUUCCAGAGUUUCUGCAGGGGAUGAUCUUUGCUCUUGUCCUGAGGAAUAUUCUAAUGGUAUUUUAACAAAUAAAGACUGUACACAAAGA